AUGCAUAAAGUUUGCGAAAGUUGUGCCAAUGAUAUUGGUGAAGGUCGAAACUUUAUGAAAUGUGGUGGCUUUUGCUUUGCCACUUUCUGUGUAAAAUGUUGUGAUUUGCACGAUGAACUUGCUGCUGCGGUCAUGAAGAAAUCCAACUUGUUCUGGAUGUGUAAUACGUGCAAGAACAUCAUGGAUAAGGCUCGUUUUAAAAAUGCGCUAGUGUCAGUAGAACAAGCUAAUCAACAGUUAAUCGAGGAACUAAAAGAUCAAAUACGCAAGGACAUUCUUGAAGAUAUCAAGCUUGAAAUACGCACUAAUUUCAAAACGCUGAUUGAUUCAGUUCCUAAAACCCCGCUUCCGCAAACUCCGGGCUCUUUCUCAUUUAAUUCUGCCAAAAGAAGGAGAGGCUACGAGGAGAAUAUGGAUACUGCUGUCAUUAGACCUUCCAAGCUUUUGCGUGGAACUGACGCAACUGCACCCACCGCUAUGCCGACAACGUCUAAUCAUACUGAAGAGAAAUUCUGGUUGUAUCUCUCCGGAAUUUCACCUGAUGUAGCUGACCAAACCGUAACCAACCUGACGACUGAAAAACUUGGCACCGACAAUGUAGCUGUCGUCAAGUUAAUUCCCCGUGGAAGAGAUCCCAGAUUACUAAAUUUCAUUUCAUACAAAAUAGGACUCCCCAUUGACCUAAAGGCUAAAGCUAUGAGUCCGGACACUUGGCCUGUUGGUAUUGUAUUCCGUGAGUUCGAAGAUAAGUCUGUCUCCAAGAGGGUUUUUUGGAAACCUCCAACCGCCUUACCGACAUUAACAGUCGCAGGACCCAGUCAGACCUCGAAUGUUUCAGCCAACACACAACCCACCGCUUAG